UCACUUCUCCCGUUCUCCGGCCCUGCCCGACCACCAGGCAGGCACCAGCGCGUGCAAAUUGCUAGGCACCCCCCACGUUUAUAAAGCGGAGGAGGCCCAGCCUGUCUUCUGCCCGCACGAAUUCGAAUCCGCCGGAGGUGGAGGAGACAGCAGCAGCCCGGUCGGUGAUUGGGUCCGUCUCUCGUCUCGGUCGAUGGCGUCGCUGUUCGGCAACGGCGGCUACAGCUACUCGUCGGGGUCGGAGGGGGAGGACGAGGACGAGGGCACGGAGGGGUACCGGAAGGGCGGGUACCACGCCGCCCGCCCCGGGGAUCGCUUCGCCGGGGGGAGGUUCGUCGCGCAGCGGAAGAUCGGCUGGGGCAACUUCUCCACCGUCUGGCUAGCCUACGACACCCUCCACAGCAGAUUUGUCGCCCUGAAGAUCCAGAAGAGCGCGAGGGAUUACGCGCACGCGGCUCUCCACGAAAUCGAGUUGCUGUCGGCUGUAGCCAAAGGAGACCCGACGAAUUCCAAGUGCGUGCUGCGGUUGUUGGACCAUUUCAAGCACGCUGGCCCCAACGGGAGGCAUGUUUGCCUGGUCACCGAAUUCCUCGGUGACAGCCUGCUCCGGCUGAUACGGUACAAUCGGAAUAAGGGCAUUGGGCUGAGCAGAGUGAAGGAAAUCUGCCGGUCAGUCCUGGUCGGCCUCGACUACCUACACAGCGAGCUCGGCAUCAUCCACACGGAUUUGAAACCAGAGAAUGUUCUUCUGGACUCGACAAUUAACCCGGCCAAGGACCCAGUGCGCUCUGGGUUCACACCAAUCCUUGAUCGGCCUGUGGGGAACCAGUACGGUGGCACAGUGAUCAGUUUCAGUGAGAAGAUGCUCAAGAUGAGAGCAAGACGUGCAGUGGCUAAGAUUUCACAGAGACGGGUUUCCAUUGGUGGGGUUGGGGCACAACUAGAGAAAGAGAGGUGCCUGGAUGGGAUCAGCUUGAAGUGUAAGAUUGUCGAUUUUGGGAAUGCCUGCUGGGCUGAUCAGCAGCUCGCUGGUGAAAUACAGACAAGGCAGUAUAGAGCUCCCGAGGUUAUCAUUGGUUCUGGGUACUCGUAUUCUGCUGACAUGUGGUCGUUUGCUUGCAUAGCCUUUGAGCUUGCCACCGGUGACUUGUUGUUUGCUCCCAAGAAUUGCCAGGGAUGCAGCGAAGAUGAGGACCACUUGGCUCUGAUGAUGGAGACUCUUGGGAAGAUGCCUCGGAAGAUUGCUACCUCAGGAACUCGUUCCAAGGAUUACUUUGAUCGGCAUGGAGAUUUAAAGAGGAUCAGAAGACUGAAGUUCUGGCCCCUGGAUCGCGUACUUGUAGAAAGGUAUAAUUUCACUGAACCUGACGCCAAAGGGUUCUCUGACUUUCUUCGGCCGAUGCUAGAUUUCACUCCGGAGAACAGGCCAUCUGCUGCGCAGUGCUUGAAACACCCUUGGCUUAAUUGAUCCAACGCUAUACGAAAGUCUAACCGGUAGAUGUUUACAUACAUACUAAGUGCAUGCGUUGUCGAAGGCUCUUUUGUGACUGGGAGUGCAGGUAUAUCCACGAACUUUGAUUUAACCAAGGCUGAGAAUCAGGAGCCACUUUUUAGGUGCACGGCCUGAUGAGGACGCGACAUAUUCAGCUUCUUCUUUCUUCACUGUAUGCUUAGCAAGCGUUUCGCUGGUGUGUUUGGGGUGCAGACUGCAGAGAUAAUGCGAUGUUAACCUGCAUGUGUGUUAGUAGGGCCAAAAUAUUGAUGUAAUAUUAUUCUUUGGUAAUGUAUUAUUAGCUAGCGUUCCGCUUCAACCUUUUCUUUGAAACUGUGUAGGUGCUUCAACUUGUUGUCCAAUGGAUUGUGUGCUGUAAA